AUGGCUGCAACACAAGCUGCCAAUCUCGUGGAGAAGGCAGUCGGACAUAGCGGCAACGCUUCCGUCACCACGGAUGUGAGCAAUUAUUACGGGGAGUAUGGCCAGGAGACUGGUGAGAAGAUCAAGGCGACCAUCUGGACAGGUAAAAACCAUGUCGAGGUUGUGGAGAUGCCUAAGCCAAGAAUUGUGGAUGAAGACGACGUACUCGUCAAGGUGACUGGCAGCACCAUCUGCGGAAGUGACCUCCAUCUAUACCAUGGAGUCAUCCCUCAGCUUGAGAAGGGUGAUGUAUUGGGGCAUGAGUUCUGCGGUGUUGUUGAAAGUGUAGGACCAGGGGCAAAGUCGGUGAAAGUGGGAGAUCGAGUGGUGGCAGCAUUCCCCAUUGCGUGCGGCGAGUGUCGGAACUGCAAGAAGCAGCUGACCUCCCAAUGCGAGCGCACCAACCAGAACAGUGUCACAAAUGCCAUGUAUGGCAUUUUUGGCUACAGCCACUUCACUGGAGGUUUUGCUGGUGGUCAAGCAGAGUAUGUCCGGGUUCCAUAUGGUGAUGUCAACCUCCUGAAGCUACCGGAUGAUGUCCCAGACGAGAAAGCGUUGUAUUUGUCCGACGUCCUGGCCACUUCGUACCACUGUGUGGUCGACACCGGGGUAACGGAAGGCGAUGUAGUCGCCGUCUGGGGUGCGGGACCCAUUGGCCAAAUGGUGGCUAGCUUCAGCUUCUCACAGGGAGCCAGUAGAGUCAUCCUCAUUGAUGGGGGAGAGGGCGCCUGGCGCUUGGACUUCGUCCAGAGCAAACUUCCAAAGCUUGAGACCUUGGACUUCACCAAGCUGCCCAGAGGGGAAUCCAUUACAUCUCAGUUGAAGAAGAUGGUCCCUGGUGGACCAGAUGUUGCUUUGGAUUGUACGGCGGGUGAGUACGCCAAAGGAUGGGCACAUUAUUUCGAGAUGCUCUUGGGAAUGGAGACAGACACUUCAGAGAUGUUGAACGAGAUGAUCACGGCUGUCCGGCCCUUUGGCCGCGUGGGAGUCACGGGUGUCUACGCUGGCUAUACGAACCACUUCAACAUCGGCGCAUUGAUGCAGACAGGUGUCCGGCUCAUUGGGAAUGGCCAGGCUCCAGUGCAGAAGUAUUGGAAGUAUCUCCUCGAACAGAUCCAGAAGGGAGAGAUCAACCCAUUGGACAUUGUGUCCCAUCGCGUCCGCCUGGAGGAUAUGGACAAAUUAUACGAAUUAUUUGACCAUCGUGAGGGAGGCAUUCAAAAGGUCUUUGUCCAAACCAAGUACUCAGCUCAUCCGUCAACGGGAUCGCCAGCUCUGGUCGAUCUGUAA